UAAUCUAAUAUAUUUAUUUCUUUUUCAGUGAAACAAUAAGAUUUAAAAAAAAUUCGUUUAGCCAUGAAAAAUACUUGACGGCACAUAAUAGAUCCACCUUCAAUUACGUGUGAUUGAACUAGAUAGACAUUCCUUAUUCAAUCGAGUAAGAUGCCAGGACAAUUCGAAGAGAUCCAAGCGAAGCAUGCAACAUUCGGAAUGGGAUGCUUCUGGGCUGGCGAUUGCCUUUUCGGUGUCCUACCCGGUGUAAUCAGGACUUGCGUUGGAUACGCCGGUGGACAAAAAGAAUUGCCAACUUACAGAGAUAUUGGAGAUCAUACGGAAGUCGUCAAUGUUGAGUAUAAUCCGGACGUAAUAUCGUAUGCACAGCUACUCUCUUUGUUUUGGGAAAAUCACGAAUAUGGUCUCACUACAAAAAUCAAGAGACAGUAUAUGUCGUUGAUUUUGUAUCAUGAUGAAGAACAAAAACUGAUAGCUGAAAAGUCGCGUGAACAAGAACAGCGAAAGCGUACCGAUUUGAUUCUCACUGAAAUAAGGAAGUUUGAGAAGUUUUACCCCGCCGAGGAUUAUCAUCAGAAAUAUCGACUUCGAAAUCACCCGUGGUUAAUCGAAACUACCGGUCUCACCAGCGACGAAGUUCUUCGAAAUUCACCUUUAGCUGCUAAAUUAAAUGGCUACAUCGCUGGUGCUGGAACGAUCGAACAAUUUGCAAAAGAGUUACCCAAUCUUGGUUUAACUGAAAAAACUGCACAGUAUUUACAAAAAUAUGUGAUUGAGAAUCAAGGAAAUGGUUUAUAUUGCUAGUUUCUUAAGAAUUCUUUGUAUGUAGUAUAUAUGGAAUAGGAUCUAUUUCUUCCUAGAAAGAAGCUUCAAAGUCGAUUUUCUUACGCGAUGCAGGUUUAUCUGUAUUGAAAGAAUCAAACGAUUCAAACAAUGAGUAUUGAGCUCGAUUUUAAAAACUGGUUUACACUCGAUAAAUAUCUUUUAGUAUUAAAUCCUCCCAUUUUGUAUAAUUUUUAUCAUAGUAUAUAAGUUUCAUUAACAGUAUGUUAUACUAUACUUCAUACGCAAAUGAGUAGUAACAUGAGUUUGUUUGCUCAGCAUCAAUAUCUCGCUUUUUUAAAAAGAUUCAAAAAUUAAUUUACAGUAAGAUAGGCUGUGAAAGGUAUAUACAGAUAAUUUUUUUUGCAAUAUUUUGCUUUCUGAUCACUUCGUACAUUCUAUGAAUUUUAUUAAUUUAUCGCGUUAUUUCUCAUCCUAAAAAAAAAGAGAUAUCUUAAAGUAUAAGAUGUAUAAUUAGACUAUGGUUUUUUUAAUUCUUUAUGUUGUACCGUUUCUGCAGAAAACUUGUUUCAUAACGUAUAUGAUUUAUUAAUUACAUAUAUACAAUAUAAUUAUAUAAUAUUUAUUAUGAAUAAUCUUAUGACCACCAAGUAUUAGAAAAUGUACAUAAUUUGAAGAACAACUGCGUUGUUAAAUGCAUACGCUUACAUACAUAUACAUAUGUAGAUAUAUAUGAUCGUAUGGUAUACGAAUGUAUAUCGGAGUUUAAUAUGCUUCUAACUUGUUUACAUCACAUUAGUUUUAUAUUCUACUUAUAUAAAAUUUUAAUUUCAUUACAAAAAGAUCAAAAGAUAUGUAAUAAAAUCAGUGAAAUGUAAAAUAUAACAAUAAUGAAAUUUAAAAAUCUUUUCUUUCUGUUUUGUUCUCCUUUUCUCUUCUAUUGAGUACAAUGUAAUAUUUAAGCACAUUUGUUGUUGUUUGUAAUAUUUAAGCACAAAUCUUUUUAUAUAAUUUUAUGUAAAAAUUUUUCGACCAUCGAUUUUACAUAGAACGCGAUGAUUCAAUCUAUAAAAGCAAAGUAUAAAAAAAAAUAUAUUUCGCAUCGCUACAUACAAAAGUAAUAUUAUAGAAAAAUCAUUAAUAUAUCAUUUAAUUUUUUUGUCUAGAGUUUGUCUAGAGUUUCUUUUUAUCUUUCUUUCAAAUUCAAAAUUUAACUUACCACCACUGCGACAUUCUUAACAUAAUUUAAACAAACGCUUGUAUAGCGCGCACGUGUAUAUAUACUUACAUACAUAUACACAACAAACAAAUUGUUUUAUUUUUAUAGAUUGUUGUCGCUGCUACAUUUCCCUGUCACAUCAAUGUGACAAAAUAUGUUGCACUAAAAAGUGCGUAUUAAAGGAAAUAUAGUAUUAAAAAUCACAAAUUAUGAUCAUGAGAUCGUAAUUAUAUUCAUAGUAGAUUUGAAUAUUUAAUUAUAAACCAAAGCUAUAUAAUUUUUCAAUAUAAUACUCCGAAACUUGUGAAAGUUCAGUUAUGCUUAAAGGUUAUAUGAUAACUACAUUCUUAAUGGUAUUUAUAUGUUUAUCUUUUGGAUGUGAUUAUAUUUGUGACAAUGAUGGCUGCAAAAGAUCGACAAGUAAUUCGAAAAAUCAUAUUCCUAUAAAAUAUUGUGCAAAUGAAGAUAUAUUCACUGAUGUUAACUUUUCAAUGAUAGAAGAUCAAAAUGAGGCUUUUGAAUCUCUUGCUAUUUUACAAAUUAAUCUUCAACCGCCAAAAAAUAUAUGUAAAUAUGUAUUAACUUUGUUAGCAAAUCCAUCAAUUAGUGAAACAAAAUGUAUGAAUUAUAAAUUUCACAAUUCUCAUGGAACUGAAACUCAUACUAGAAGUACCAUAUGUUUUAUUCCAGAUGAGGAACAAUAUCAGAAUACUACUAGAAUUCUCGUUCCAUAUAUAUUUACAGCAUGUUAUUCUGUUCAAUUUUUUUUUGUUAAAGAUGCAACAAUGAUAAAGCAUAACAAAUUCAUAAAAACUAAAUACAUACAAACAGAAAUCAUGAAACCAAUAUUAGAAUGUACAUAUGAUUACAAUACUUUUCCCAAUAAUAUAGAAAAAAAAAUGGGACAUCUUGAGGUACACCUUUAUAAACCUAUGGUUACAGCUGGAAUAAUAAAGUUGGGCACACUUUGGUAUGAUCCAUCUGGGAAUGAAAGCUGUUCUUUUAAUAAUGAAGAAUUUUCAAAUGAUGUCUGGAGUUUUAAUGUUUUGCUAAUGAAUGAAAUAUAUAAAAGAAAUUUGACAUUCCAAACUGAAAUUUCACAAAAGGCAAAUUAUUGUAUUUCAUUUUCAUAUCGUGAUGUAAGAUGUAAAGGAUACCCAUUAUGGAAACCCAUUGAUAAAUGUUUUUGGUACCAAAGCUGUAAAAAUAUUACUAUUUAUAAUCUUGGAAUACAAACUAAUAUUAAUUCUGAUACAGUUUCUCAUUUGUACCUACCAAUCACUAUUAUUACAUUAACUGUAUUUGCAAUUAUUAUGUAUUUCAUCUACAUCACACGUUUUUGUAAUAUACAAAAGAAAAGUUUUUAUACAAAUAGUUUGAAUAGGAACACUCUUAAAACUAAUGAAACUAAAUGUAUGAAAUCAAGCAUGUAUACCUCGAUAGACUAUAAGAAAAAAGUAAAAUGUAAAAACAACAAUGUUGUAAACACAGAUAUUAUAUUGCUAUAUCCUAAAGGUUCUGAAUCGUUUAUGGCAUUAAUGGCAGAUUUUCGUGGAUUACUUAACCGAGUUUGCCGGUGUGUUGUACAUGAUUGGUAUGAUGGAAUAGAGUGGAAUUAUGUGGCUGAGAUUGGUGCUUUUGAUUGGUUUGCAGAAAUGCUCUAUAAAGAAUGUCGUGUUGUUUGGAUAGAUACUCCAAUAAUGCGUUCAUUAAUUACACAAAGAUUAAAUAAAAAUUCUUUUAUUAAAAAUUCAGAACAAUAUAGUUUUGUAAAAAAUGGCGAUUUUCGUGAUGUAGUAUUUCCUACAAUAUUUAAUUUAUCUAAACGUAAUAAUGAACAAUCAAUGUUACAUAAACCUAAGCAUUUUAUUGUACGAUUAAAAGAAUUUGACAAUUUUGAAAAUGAUAAUGAUCCAUUUGUUGAUUUGUCUCCACAUAUGCGGUACUUUAUACCUCAGGAUUUAAAUUUGUUGUGUUCUGAUUUGUCAACAUUAAACUCAAAUAUUAUUGUACCAUUUAAAAGCCAAGAAGAUCUUAUGAAACAGCAUUUAUAUUAUGCAAAACUAAAUUUCUAUAAAUAAAUAUUUUA